GCCGCUCUCCCUACUCUUCUCCACAACACGCCUCCGCAUCCGGCCGCCGCUCUUCCCUGCUCCUCCCCCACACGUCACCACCUUCGCAUCCGGCGCCCUCCCCGCCGGUCGCUGCCCCUUGGCGCUCCUCCCCUUCUCUCUGGCGCCCUUCUUUCUCAACCCGGUGUCCAGAUCUGUUGGUCCGAGCACAACCGUUGGCCGUCCAUGUGCGACCCCAAGGCGCGCCACCAUCCAUCCAAGCAUGGCCUCAAGUCCGCCGUCGCCGGACGUGCCCCGCCACCAUGCUUGCUCUGCCUUGACACUUGGGCAUCUGGAUCGACAGCAACGAGCACCCACAAGAACAGAUAUGCAAGCAAGUGGCAGCACUGCUCUCAAGCUUUAAGGCAUGAACAAAUUCAAGAGGACCAUGUGGCAGCACUGCUCUCAGUUUGGAUGUUUGAUGAGGCUAUCUGUGAAUUGCGGCAAGAGGAUCAAGGCGCUCAUGGUGGCUACAUUAGUCAUGAAAGAUUUUUGUAGUGCAAGCAAAUCAUCUGAGUUGUUGCUAUAUAAGCCAACAUCUUAGUUUUGUAGGUACUUGAGUGUAGCUUGGUUAUUCCCUUAGUAUUUCGUAUGAAAUAUUGUACAAGUACAAAUGUUGAUAGUUUCAAUGAAAAUGAUGAGCAAUAUUUGUCAA